AUGAACACGACCGGCGACAUUACCCCUCCUCUGGGCCCAACCCAGUUGGCAGCAGGCCAUGCACCUCCAACGCCACCUCACGAAUCUGCACUCGACGAUAUAUACGGCUCCGCGCCUACCUCCCCGUUCCCCGACGCACAAGCCUCAGACCGCGCUCAUGAAAUACUCUCCGACCUUCCCUCUCGCCAGCGCGCCCUCGACGCCGACGCUUACCGUGAAGGCCUAGCUUCAGCCAAAGGACAGUACGUGCAAGAGGGCUUCGACGAGGGCUAUGCGCUGGGCGCUGACAUGGGGCUGCGCGUGGGGUACAUCCAAGGCGUCCUGAGAGGGUUUGUGCGUGCUUGGAGAGACCAAGAUCAAGACACCUAUACCGAGGCCACGAAGCUGUGUGAAGAAGCGCAGAAGGAACUUGCGAUCGAACAGCUGAUGGGCCAAACAUGGGUCGAUGAGGAGGGGAUUUGGAAGUGGGACGUCAAAGGAGCAGACGGUGAUGCUACAUUCAGAGAGGUCGCGGCGCAGCAUCCUGUAGUCAAGAAGUGGGACGACAAGGUCGAGGAGCUGGCUAGGCGGUGGGGUGUGGAUCUCCAAGCUGUGGAGAAGAUGAGCGUAAAGGAGGAAGAAAAGUCAUGA